AUGGGAAGUGAAACUCAUGACCAGCAAUACUCAAAAAAGCUUCCAUCUUAUAAUCAACAGAUUCACACUCAAACACAGAAGCACAAGCUGAAAUCUUUAAUGCUGAUCAUAUUUACCAACCUUGUUACCAUUUACAUCUUCACAGGUCCAUUUAGUUUCGUGUAUAAGUACUCCUCUAUGAGUACAAGUGACUCAAGCUCCAUUUUGCAGGAACUCAAUUCCACCAAAGCUCAACUUGCUGCAAGCCACACAAUCUUAUCAGAGCUUCAUCAACGACUCAACUCGACUAACUUACUUGUCCAAGCUUUGCUUAUUGAUCUUACUCGCGAACAAGAAAAACAAUCUAACCGUGUAGAUGAGAACCCUGUGAUUAUAAAGCUUGGAAACGAUGAUUCAACUACAGCUGCUUCUACAAUAUCUGAUGAGCUCAGUAUUUCACUUGGCCCUCAUAAGCUUCCUUUCGGGCACUCACCGAAGAUCGGGGCAGGUGAGAUUCACAUGCCUGUUGGUGAAGCCUGCUUGAAGUUUCAUGAGGAGUUAAAACAAUAUAUGACAUAUGAGAUUGGUGGGGAAUGUCCUGUGGAUGAUGUACUUGCACAAGGACUCAUGCUCAAAGGCUGUGAACCGUUACCUCGUCGAAGAUGCCACCCAAAGUCUCCGAUAAAUUACGUUGAGCCAACACCUCUUCCGGAUAGUCUUUGGACAACUCCACCAGACACAAGCAUUAUCUGGGACAGCUAUGCUUGUAAAAGUUACCAUUGUCUUGUUGAUAGAAAGAAUGAGCCAGGUAAUUCAUAUGACUGCAAAGGUUGCUUUGACUUAGAGAAAGAAGAGAAGAUCAAGUGGAUCUUUGAUGAUGGUGGACUUGAUUUUGGAAUAGACCAAGUUCUUGCAACAAAAGCGGCCGGAACGAUUCGGAUUGGACUUGACAUUGGUGGUGGAACUGGAACAUUUGCUGCAAGAAUGAAGGAACGAAAUGUGACAAUCAUUACAAGCACGCUGAAUUUGGAUGGUCCAUUCAACAACAUGGUUGCAUCAAGGGGUUUAAUACCAAUGUAUAUUAGCAUCUCUCAAAGGUUUCCGUUCUUCGAAAACACAUUGGAUAUUGUACACUCUAUGGAUGUCAUUGGCAAUUGGAUGCCAGAUACUAUGCUCGAGUUUGUGUUUUAUGAUAUAUACAGAGUUUUGAGGCCAGGAGGUCUAUUCUGGCUUGACCAUUUCUUCUGCUUUGGUUCACAGCUCAACAAAACUUAUGUGCCGAUGUUAGAUCGAGUUGGAUUCAAUAAACUGCGAUGGCAUGUUGAAAUGAAACUUGAUCCCGGUGUACGAAAGAAUGUGUGGUACAUUUCAGCUCUGAUGGAGAAACCAAUGAUUUGA